AGCAUCCGCAGUUCCACCCCGACAUGUCAACAACAAGGCGUGCGAUAACUAGUUAGUUAUUGAUUCAACACAUUAGUAAGUAUAUAGUAGAUCUUAUUCUCGUGGGGUUUCAUAUAUAUCUUCUGCUUUACGAUGAUAUAGAAUGUGAGGUUGUAUCAGAGGUCAACCUUGCUCAGGAAUGUACUGCACCAGCUUGCUCUAGCACCUCACAUCAAAUUCUUGAGAGCAUACCAAUUCUUGGCUUUGACAAGUAUCGUCUCCUAUGCCUUUCUAUCCAAAAGCAUUCCACCCAGAACGCAUAAGCAUUCUACAUGCUUCGAUCCGGCACUCUAGCCUCGCCGUUCUUCGAGCUGCAGGGAUUAAUCUCAUCUUGCUUCAAUGCCUGUUCCUAGCACUCUUCUCUUACGUCUUCGGAUCGCUCUCUCAGCAAAACACACAUGUUCACAACAUCAAUAUCGUCUUCGUCGACUACGAUGAUGACGGACUGAUCGGAUCUGCGGUGCGAGAGGCCUACCAGCAGCUGGAAGGCCCUGCGUUCCCUUCCUUGGUUGAGCAGUCUCCCUCACAAUACCCAGAACCAAGCACGCUUUUCUCUACUGUCUGCAACAUCGACUACUGGGGAGCACUUUAUAUAGCACCGAAUGCUUCGACCCGAUUAGCUGCCGCACUCACAGGUAGCGGAGUCUACAAUCCCGACGAAGUCUUCACACUCAUCUGGAACGAAGCACGCUAUCCUAGCACUAUAGAUAGUGCCCUCGUAAACAACCUGGGUGUAUUAUUAGACAUGGCACGCAUAUCCUAUUCCAAGCUCAAUGGAACUCAACCCAUCCUGAGUAUGCUAAAUGGCACCGAUCCGGUCGCCGUCGCAACUUUCGCCAACCCUUGGGUAUUACAAUCAAACAAUAUUCUGCCAACCACCCAGGGCGAGAGACUAGUCUUCAACACGAUAAUGAUUAUUCUGAUUCUGUUGCAAGAAUUCUUCUACGUGGGUAUUGUCAACGCAAUCCUUGCAAAAUCACAAUUCUAUUCUCGUCUGGCAUCCCACCAUAUCGUUUUCUUUCGCCUUUUUAUCUCUUUAAUCUACACCUUUAUCGGUUCGUUAUGUACCGCUGGAGCAAUAUGGGCUUUCCGAUACGGAUGGCACGUCAACGCGAAUCAGUUUGUGCUUACAUGGGUCGUCAUCUGGCUUUUUGCACACCUCAAUUUUCUGGCCUUUGAUGUCUUCACUAUAUGGAUUCCCGUGCAGUACGUUCCCAUGGCACUAGUGACAUGGAUCGUGCUAAAUGUGACGUCGAUUCUCCUCCCAUUUGAACUAUCACCAGCAUUCUAUAAAUGGGCUUACGCCAUCCCGGCUCAUAGUGUAUUUCAGGUGUUGAUUGAUGUCUGGUCUUCCGGUUGCAAUCCUCAAUUGAGCUAUGCAUUGCCUGUUCUUUUUGCUUAUGAGAUUGUGGGCUUGGCCUUGACUUCUAUUGGUGUCUAUCGACGUGCUCACUACGCGGGAUUGGCGCAGGAAAAGGUAGAGAAGGUGAUUCAGUCGACAGGAGGAGAGCACCCGGGAUGACAAAAGAAAUAGGAAUAUCGAAAAAGUCAUUAACUGAUGUAAUGCAUUUAUAUUCGCGAAAGUAAUUGAAAACUUUCGUGUAGUUUCAAGCCCUUUGUUUUAUUCGUUAUACCACUGUACUACCAGCUAGCGAUAUCUGCAUAGACAUUUUGAUGGA